UGGAAACCCUGGAAGAUCUGAGGCAGAAGGGGUCUGGGAGUUCAAGUUCACACUGAAUACAAUCAAGGUAGAAGGUGAUUAUAACUCAGCUUUCUGGGACAUAUUGGAAACAGCAAAGCCUGUGGAUGUCAUCAAUGGGAUGAUCAACUACUAUAGGAAAGACUAUGAUCAGAAGAUAGUCAUGGAGGUGCUGAGAGCCAUCAACCUGUGGGAUCUGUCGGAGAGACACAUCGAUGCAGCAAAGGCUGGCUGCUCAGAGAGCUGAGGAAGGAGAUGCCAUGGAGAAAGCAGUGAGCGAUUGCUUACAUGACAUUCUUGAAGAGCUGACAAAGAAUGAGCUCAAGAAAUUCAAGUUGAAACUGAACAAAUUUAAGCUGAAGAGGGAUAAUGUCAAUAUCCCCAUGGGUAAAUUAGAGGAUGCAUCACCUGUGGACAUGACUCAAUCCCUGCUCAGCUACUAUGGAGAGGACUAUGGGGCGGAAGUGACAGUGAAUGUGCUGAAAUCUAUAAACAGGAGAGAUCUGGCUCAGAAACUCUCUGAGACACUGAGACCUGAUGGUUUAACUCCAGUCCCAGAACCUCAGCAAUCCCCAAAGCCAGGGGACAAAGACCGUCCCAAAGGAAGAGAGAAUGAGAACCCAGAGAGGGCAACAGCCACGGCCUCAGAGACUCCUGAAUGGGAAGUAAAAGAUGAAGCCACAUGUCCAAUUUGUUUGGAUUAUUUGGCGACCCAGUGACUAUAGACUGUGGGCACAGCAGCUGCAAAAUCUGCAUCACUACAUACUGUGAGAAAUCGGAAGAGGGAAAUCAUGGCUGUCCCAUCUGCAGAUCAAAGAUGGAGAAAGUGAAUUUCAGGCCUAACUGGCAGCUGGCCAGUCUAGUAGAAAAAGUUAAAUGUAGAUUGAAACCAGGAAAAGAGGAAAAGGAGAAUCUGUGUGAGAGACACAAGGAAAAACUCAGCCUGUUCUGUGAAGAGGAUGGGGAAUUCAUAUGUGUGGAAUGUGACAAAUCCGCACUGCACAAAGCGCACACAGUGGUCCUCAUUAAAGAGGCUGUCCAGAAGUAUAAGGGUCAAAUUUGUGUCCAUCUGAAUAAUCUGAAUAAGAAGAAAGAAGAACUUCUGGGAAUUAAAUCGAAUGAGGAAAGGCAGAGUCAGAAACACCAGGAAGAGACAGAAUCUGUGAGGAAGGAAAUCAUGUCAGAAUUUGAGGAACUGGAGAAGAUUUUGCAGGAACAAAGGCAACCUUUGCUGGCCCAGCUGGAAGAGCUGACCAAGGACAUUGUGAAGAGGGAGAAUAAAAACAUCACCAAACUCCUCGAGGAGAUUUCGUUUCUCAGUAACCUGAUAAAGGAGUUGAAAGAAAAAUGGCAGCAGCCAGCGAGUGAAUUCCUGCAGGACAUCAGAAGCACCUUGAACAGAUGCAAGCAGGUGAAAGAUCGGCCACCGGUGGAGAUUUCACCUGAAGUGGAAGAGAAACUAAGUACUUUGCACCAAAUUGGUAUUGUUCCAGAGGAGAUUCUGAAGAAAUUUAGAGCUGCUUUAAACAGGAAACAGGAACCAGAGACUCAGCAUGCCACAGUCUCAGGGAAGAAGAAACUUUGCUCAGGUAUUUUCUCUGACAGUCCUUUCUUCUUUCUUUAUUAAAAACAUUAUAAAGUAUUAGCCAAUAUGAGACAAGUUAAAAAUAUUCACCAGCUGUUCCCUAGUUGCUGAGGAGUUAAGUGUCCGGAUUACUACUUUCCCUGUGAGAGCCCUAGCCACUGAGCUAUGGGGUAUUCUGGUGUGGGUUUCCCUCCAUCUCUCCUGCUGAAACUGUUGCACUGUAGAUAAAUACAUUAAUACUCACAGGAACAGGGUGUCGGAGAAGAGUCACAAGAAUGAUUAAAGGA